AUGUCUUUCAUCUCUCUUGAAAGUUCGAAUCAAGACCUUUUGUCUCUUCAAAGUUCGGAUAAUGAUAAAUGCAUAACCGGCCCGCCGCCACUACCCUACAACCUUCGCGAGCACAAGAAAUCCAUCGCAGUCCAAUGGAGCAUCAUAGUCUUUGUUUCCUGCGUAUUCCAAAUAGUCCUCUUCUAUGCGCUUUGGUUCGGUACCAACAUCGACCACCAUACUGUCUUCACGAUCACCCAAGUAAUCCUAGGUAUCUUCGCGAUUCAAGGCUGGGCCGUGCGGCUAUGGAGGCUGCUGAAAAAGAACACGACCGCGACUCCUCUAGGCAGCUUCCGCCGCUACCUCGACUUCUUUCAGCUCUCUUUCCUCGGCGGCUUCGUCAUCUCAACCCUAGAGCUCGUUAUCGGAUCUCUGCCUGAGAAGCCAAAUCUGCGCCUUAUGGCGAUGCCAGCAUCUUCCCUGCUCUUUUAUGUCGGCGCACAGCUCCUGCUAGUUACGUUGCUUCACAUGGGUGGCUACCCGAGUCCCGCGCGCCUUUCAUCAAUGUCAAAAGGCUCAGUCUUUCGGCCAGGACUGUAUAUCUUAAUUGAGGAUAUCGUUGCUGUUGACGGCGGCGGCGGUGUCGCUUACAGGAAGGCGCUAAAUGCGCGAUAUGAAGCCAGCCCCAUGUUCGGGCGGUUGCUGCUGCAUUUGAGCAUGUUUUGGAGCGUCGGCGCCUUAGCGACUGCGAUAAUUGUGACUAUAUUGGUCUAUACGAUCAAUGAAGGAGUUGCGUAUGGGAUCGGAUGGGGCAUUCCCUUCAUUUGGGCUGGGCUCUGGAGUAUCAUCACUGUAAAGUGGACUCAAACAGCUCUUGCGAGAGAGGAGAAAUGGUUUAGACGCGACGCACCAGGCCGCAACGAUUCGGUGUAG